GCACACAGCUAAAACUUGCGCGGACACCAAGGCUACAUAUCCAUCCUCUUUUACAAACUUAUACAGUUACCCAAACUAGUCCUUUUUUCUCUCAAAUAGGUUCUGCUAGUGGCAACUGGUCACUGCCUCUUGUUUGUUUGCCACGAAAACUUUCACAUUUCUUUUCCUUCCUUUCCUGGGAAGAAAAGAAACAAAAAGAAAGGACAAUCUAUUUUAUAGAAAUUGGUAUUCAGCAUCAAUUCUGUAGAUUAUAUAUAAAAAAAAAGGAACCCUAAUUUUCUCUAGAAAAUAUUGACCUUUUUUAAUGGCGGGUAAAAAGCUUGUUCGAGACUUGUUCCUCUCUAGACAACCUCUAUUUCUUCACUUAACAUCUCAACAGGGUUCAAGAACGAGAUUACGGUUGCCGUCGACCUUGCCCAAUGGAAAAAACAUGGGUUAUCGUGGAUUUGGUGUAUUUAGUGAGUUUUCCAAGAAAGUUAAAGGAGAGGUCACUAGAAGUCAAGAAUUUCAACAGUCGGUCAAGGAGCUGAAGGAUAAAGCUGAAGAAUUGAAAGGGGUGAAAGAGGAUCUGAGAAUUAGAACGAAGGAGACUACUGAACAGCUGUACAAGCAUGUGGAUGGAGCGUGGACAGAGGCUGAAGCUACUGCAAAAAAGGUUUCUGCAAAUGUUAAAGAGAAGAUUUCAGCUGCUAAAGAAGAGGUCAAAGAAACUCUGAAUAUUGGGAAGCAAGAGUCUUCUGGGUCCACAAAGAGUUCAGAUAAAGAUGGUGCUGAUGUAAAAGAUGAUAAGAAGUCCUCAUCUGGUGAAGAAACAGACGAGCAAACUGGCUCUAGUGAUAAUGCAGAAUCUUUUUUUGGAAAAUUUAAGUCAAGCACACCUUCCUCAAAGCUGUCUUCAGCCUUCCAGAAAUUGAAGGAAGCAAAGGUCACCGACUUUGUGAAGAAGGGGUAUGAUGUUGUGAAGGAUGAAUUAUAUGGUAACCCCAGUAAGAGAAAGCACCUGGAGUAUACUCCUCCCCCCUCCUUCAAAGGUGAAACAAGCACAAGAACAGACAUUGUUGUUCUGCCAUCAAAGCAAUCUCGAUGGAAUAAAAAGUGGGAGGCAUUCAGAGAAAAGAUGCAAGGUCAUCCUUUAUUCAAGCGUUUUGCUGGCAUUAGUGAACCGGUUGUAACAAAGAGUCAAGAGAUUGCAGAGGACAUGCGGGAAAGAUGGGAAACUAGUGAUAAUCCUAUUGUUCACAAAAUUCAGGAUGUUAGUGAUACUAUUUUUCAAGAAACUGAUGCUGCUGCGUCUUUCAAGGAAAUACGUCGUCGGGAUCCAUCAUUCUCUUUGAUGGAUUUUGUGGCUGAAGUUCAGGAAGCUGUUAGACCUGUCCUUAAUGCUUACAUAAAGGGAGAUUUAGAAACUCUGAAGAAGUACUGUACUUCUGAAGUUAUCACUCGUUGUGAAGCGGAGCACAAGGCUUUUCAGAGUCAUGGUAUUUUUUUUGAUAACAAGAUUCUACAUAUAUCUGAGGUGGAAGUGAGAGAGACCAAAAUGAUGGGAACCUCCCCGAUAAUUAUUGUAGCGUUCCAAACGCAGCAAGUCCACUGCGUACGCGAUAGAAACGGUGCGAUAACUGAAGGGGGCCAGGAUACAAUCCACACAGUAUACUAUGCAUGGGCUAUGCAACAAGUAGAACCAGAAGAACUAGGAGGAGGUGCCAUCUACCCAAUAUGGAAGCUAAGAGAGAUGCAACAACUUGGUAUCCAAGCCCUCAUCUAGGCUGUUACUCAUAGAUGAUGUACGAUUAGAUUCUCUGUUUCUUCUCGUCAUUUUGUUAUUUCUUUUAUAUGCUGCAUUUCUCUGGGUUUUGUCCCUCCAGUCUCCAGAGAAAGUUAUAGCUGAUAUUCUUGUUAAUUUGAUGAAUAAAGAAAUUGGGUACUUUUCAAAUUCA